CGUGUAUUUGCAUAAAACGAGGAGACGACAGGUCGGAGUUAUCCGACUCGGCCCGACAAAAGUUUGCAGAAGGUGAUGUGUGAUGGAUGAUGGCAGAGUGCGGGCAGAUGGAGGGUGGGCCAUGGCACAAGAGCAGUUUCCCUACCCCGGGGCUGGUGCCUACAACUCCCUGGGGUCUACUUUGACUCCACCAAACAAGGAUAUGUCGGCAAGCAGCUACAGUUCCCAAGGGAGUGCGCAUGGCCCACCAAAUAAGGAUGUAUCUGCUAUACCAGGGGUGUCCAGCUUCAAUUCUAGGAUCUCUGGAGGAAAGGAAGGCUAUCCUGUGAUUGAAGUGGGACAGGGAUUCUAUGGGGCUCAUAGACCAGGGACUGGCCCAGAUGUUCAAGGUUUCAGUGGACCUAGCGCCAGUCCUGGACUUCCAACUGUCCCCAAGCCAGGGACGGGAAUGAUGCCCCAGCGGUGGAAGCAGUUUGGUCCAGGAGCAAUGGCAGGAAUGUUUGGUCAGCCGGACAGUCAGAUUACAGAGAAGUCAACAUAUCCAGGGAAGAACUACCAGACUGCAUGUAACAGUGAAGGAACUGGGAAGUUUGUGUUCAACAAAGGUCAUAGGCCAAAUGGCAGUGACCCAGCAAAAUCAAAAAUGGCAGCUUCACAUUUUCAGGAAUUUCCAUCAUAUCCAUUUGAAAGAAGUAAAAUAUCACCAAAUAGUGCUCAAGGAUACAUGAAUUUUCAUGGACAUCAGCAACUCAAUGGUCAUCUUCCGACAGGAACUGGUUUCCAUGGAAACAUGUUUUCAGAUAAGGCUGAAUUGGGGUCAAGGUCAACAAUUAUAGACCCAAAGAAGGUCAUGACCCCAAAUGGUUUAGAUAAAAAAAUGCCUCCCUAUCCUGGACAGAUGCCUUUCAAAAACUCAUCAGACUUUUCAUUUAGUACUAAGCAACAUUCAACAAAUAGGCCAAUAGAAGACCUUUACAAGAAAUCACAAAUGAAUUCUCCUGAUAUAGAUAGCCAUAAUAAACGGCUCAAUCAUGGAAUGGGAUUUCCAAGCCCUUUUUAUCCUACUCCUCCCUAUAUGGACCCAUUCCUAAUGAAAAGCUAUGAUGGAGAUUUUAUGAAUAGUGAAGUGAAUAAUGGUAUUAUUAAAGCUGAAAAUAAUCCUAGCGAGCCUAAACCCAAGAAAAGAAAGAAGAAAUUAGUGGAUGGUGAAAAUAUCGGAUUAGUCCCAAAGAAAAAGAAGCCAAAAGAAAUGAAAAAGGAAAAGUUAGCUCCUCCGCAACUACCGUCCAUUGAGCACUGUCUUGGAGCAGAAUUGGGAGUCGGUGAACAGUCUCGCAAUACUGAAGGCCUCAGUCCAGAGAUAGAUGAUCCCGGAAAUCUCAAAACAUCACAGAAAAGUGUUGAUACAAGAUUAUAUCAGCAAACUCAAGUCAUUGAUAGUAAACUGCUGAACUAUGCCAGUUCUAAUAACAUUUUUCAAAACAGUUCAAGGGGAGAAAAUCGUACAUCUCUAUCCGGAAGUUAUGAUCCUAUGAAAUUCAUUGAAUCAAUGAAAAAUGAUGAGAACUCCAAGACACCAGAUGAUGGAAGAACUACUCCCUGUUGUAAUAACUGUGAGAAGCUGGGGAUGCGGUAUUCCCCAUUGUGUAGCAAUAAGUUAAGGACUUUGUCUCCUGAGUUGUCUUCAUCAGUUGAUGGUCGGGAAAGUAGUGGCGGGACAGAGACCCGCCAGCCUGUACCAAUGUCCCGUCUGUCCCCAAGCUGUACCGUCACUAGUAGUUGUGUAAGCAGUGUCUCCUCACUGUCCCAGGGUAGUACCAGAUCAAAACUUCCAUCACCUUCAGCUGUUGAUUGGAAAAGACCAGAACAAACAUUUCAGUGUCAAGACCUAAAAUACUCACAUCUAGACCAACAAAGUGUUAUAGCUGAGGGAAAAUGUGUAGUUUCUGAUGUAAAAGGUCAGUUUUCUACAACUGAUCAAAAAUUACUUUCUCGAACGAUGGGUGUCUCUGACAACAUAGAACAAAAUGUAAAUAAGAAGGAAGAUUUAGGCUAUAAAGACAGUAAAAUGGAAUUAGGUGGGCUGGAUGUUCUGGCCCGGGAAGCAGAGAAGGAGAACUGUUUGAACAGCAGUCGUAUAAAUGGUGUUUCUGAUGUACGGACUAAUUGUGAGGAUGGUAGUAUGCCGUCAUUAGAUGGUGUGAAGAUGAAUCAGCUCUCCUGGGCAGCUGACCAGGUACAGAAACUGAAGGACACUGUGCUUGGGGCCAAUGAGGAAGAGGAAGAUGACCUGAUGGAGAGGCUGAAGAAAAAUAUAAAGAUUGCCAUUCCAAAGUGUGGCUGUAAAGGUCCUGACUAUGUCCCUAAUGAGGAGGAAGAGGGGCCGUACUACACACAGCUAGGAUCUGGCCGCAGUAUACAGGCUAUCAGAGAAAUGAUGGAGAAAAGAACUGGAGUUAGUGGUAAAGCCAUCAGGAUGGAGAAGAUUCGCUACACUGGUCGCGAAGGCAAGAGUACACAAGGUUGUCCAAUAGCUAAAUGGAUUAUCCGCCGCUCUAGUAAGGAGGAGAAAUAUUUGUGUGUGGUUAGACAUAGGAUGGGCCACUUCUGUGAAUCAGCCUGCAUUGUAAUCGUGAUAGUAGCCUGGGAGGGUAUUCCUUCCGAGAUGGCCGACAACACGUACAACUACCUCACUUCCUCCCUCACCAAAUACGGCUUUGAAACAGAGCGUCGAUGCGGCACCAAUGACAGAAAGACGUGUGCGUGUCAGGGGAUAAACCUCAGGCGAAGGGGAGCCUCAUUCUCGUUUGGGUGCUCCUGGAGUAUGUACUUUAACGGGUGUAAAUUUGCAAGAAGUCGAGAAGCAAGAAAAUUCAAACUUAAAGACACAUCACAGGAGACUGAACUAGAGGAUAAGCUACAGAAGCUUGCGACGGUUGUAGGGCCAGUUUAUGAACAGGUUGCUCCAAGUGCUUAUAGCAACCAGAUUCAUUUUGAGAAGAGUGGCUCAGAUUGUCGUCUAGGAAACGAGGAAGGUCGGCCAUUCUCCGGGGUGACAGCGUGUGUAGACUUCUGUGCUCAUGCCCAUAAAGAUCUCCACAACAUGAACAAUGGUAGCACAGUGGUUUUGACAUUGACUAAGCAUCGUGGUCUGGAAAAACCUGAAGAUGAACAACUCCAUGUGCUUCCCCUGUAUGUCAUGGAUCUCGAGGAUGAGCAUGGAAGCCAUGAUGCACAGAUGGAAAAGAUCAAGAAUGGCUCACUCGAGUGCUUACAGGUCUAUCCCAUGGAGAUGAGAGUCCGUUCUACUCCACUAACACCAAGUCGUAAAAAGAAAGGAAAGAAAGACAAAAACAGCCCGGGGCCUGGACGAAAGAGGGGCCCAAAACCGGCUUUUGGCUCAAAUUCAGUCACCCCUCAAGGUUCUGGUAGUAAAGAUCCAUCGUUAAAUAACUCUCAGGAAUCAAAUCAAUCUCUCUCAGAUAUGUACUUUAAUUCACAAAAUUCCCAAUCUUCAGGGAAUGGACCAACACCUAAACCUGGCUCGGUUCCAGGGGUGAAAGACGGGAUUAAAGCACAAGGUCCUAAUCCCAGGGAUCUGCUGGCCAGUAAAAGCUUUAUAUCAUAUGAAGACAUGAUGUCCCUGUCAUCUGAGCCAGGAUUCGCCAAUCUGUAUGAAUCUUUUUGGAGUUACUUUUACUCCUACGGUACAUUCCCUCCUCCAAGUUUCCUCAACUCAUGGAAUAUUAACAAAGACAAGCUUUCACAGUUUACCAACUCUUCAUCCACUAAUGCUCCAAGUAUUGCUCAAAGUCACUGUGACCUCCAACCUCAACCAGGGCAGCAAAAUGAUCUCUCAAAAUCUGGUUCUAGGCAAGAACUGGAGGCCUCAUUCUGUGGUUUAAAGCAAGAAGGACAGGAUAGUUCAGGUCAAAGGUCAUGUCCAUCAACACCAUUGGCCAGGCAAGGUGCAUCCCCUCUUGAUUUAUUGUCGGAAGCUGUUUCCACAAGAACAAAACAGUUUGAAGAAGAUCCUCAUAGGCAUCCAUCCAUACAACGUCCAAACUCAACAGGCAGCUUUCCAUCAAAUCUACCUCACAAUAAUCAGUCUAAGGGGGAUAACUCCAUAACACCUCACAGCCAAAGUUUCCAGUCAUUGCCUUAUGCUAACCAACAACAUUCCAAUAUGGCUGGAACUGGCCUGAAUGUGCCUCCUCCCAACAUGGCUGGAGUGCCAAAUUCGGCUGGUUCAUCAAAUAUGUUAGGGGGAUUUCCCAUGCAAUUUCCAACUCAGGAAAACCCUGAUAGCACUGUAUUGGACCCCACUGUGGUUAAAUGUGAAAUGGAGUAUAACGAAAAUGCCUUUACAGAUCCGUCAGUAGGGGGCGUUGCUAUCGCCCUGUCACAUGGUGCUGUGUUGUUUGAGGUGGCAAAGCGUGAACUUCAUGCCACAACUGGACUUCGCAAUCCAGAUCGCUCUGCUCCUACCAGAAUAAGUCUAGUCUUCUACCAGCACAAAAAUCUAAACUAUCCUCACCAUGGUUUUUACGAGUAUGAGCGGAAGAUGGAGACAAUGCGACAGAAGAGACUUGAAAAGUUAAAAGAGGAAGCUACUGGUAUUCCUUCAGACAUCCAAGAUCUUCCCAUAAAAAAUGGCACAACUGCUGUCAAUGGAAAGAAGAAGAAAGCGAAGAAGAGCGAGAAAGUGGACAUAAUGGAAACUUCUGCUGCUCAGUACAAAUACAUGUGGGAGGUACCCAAUAGAAUGUCAGAGUCACGCACCACAGACUCUGUGAUAACACGGUGGAUCGACCCUCAGCCCAUGGUCACCGGACCAUAUCAACGCUGGGUAUAAAAUAUCACGUUUUAGAUAUUUAGUAUCUAUUUUGUUGUGAAGGUUUAGGAAUCUAUAAAUCACUGUUGUACUCAAGUUUAUAUAGUAACUGUAACCAUCACUCGCCAAUCAAAGUUAACUUGGGUUUCAUGGACUUAUAUACAAUAUGCUUAUUUUAAAUUAUUAACACUGCUCAAAUUGUCUGGAUUAGAAUUUUGUUGAAGGAUUAUUUAUAUAUCCAUAUUAAUUUCAAACUCAAUUAAAUGUUUAGUGUGACUAGAUUAGUGUAAGACUUGUUAAUGUCUAUGGAGUUUAAAUUUAAGAUAUUUUGAAGAAUGCAUACAUGUAUUAAGUGUAGUAGCUUUGGUACCAAUUAAUUUAUAGAGUAUUCAAAGAAUAGUACAUAUCGGUAUAAUCCUAAUCAAGUAAUACCAAGGAAGGGUUUUGUCUUGAUAUUGGUAUUUGUUCUCAGUGGUAGAUCUACAUAAAUUUUUAUUCAUGAAUAGUAGCUACAUAGACUAUUUAUGUAGAUUUUUAAAGAGUAAACAAUUCUAAGUUGUAGAUUUUUAAAGAGUAAACAAAUAUAAGUCUUGCUAAAAAUGUUAAUGUUUGUAUGUUAAUUCUGGAUUUUUAAAGCUUAAUAACGUGACCAGAUGAUGAUUUUCAAAUUAAUUAUCAGGAUGUAUAACUUCCAAUAGAAUGCCAGGUAUCUUAAUUAUAAGACAAUACAGAAUUACUGGCAGAAUUACAAAUCAGCAAUUUUGCGAUUUAUUGAGGACCACAAUGAUGAUUCAAUUAUUGUUCAUUCAGAAGAUCAUGGUUUUGCUUCUUGGAUUUGUACUGUACAAAAUGAUUACAGUAUAAAAUUGUGGGUGGGUGUAAGAAGGGACACGAUAUACAGUGUAUAGAUAGGGUUUUCCAUAAGUUGAGAAUAGUAGUUGUUUAUAUUGUACCAGGUAGAAGGUAUACAAGUCAGUUGUAUAUAACCUUUAUCAUCAACUCCUUACCAUAAUGUGGCCAAUUGGGUUGUAACUCAUUUUUUUCAAAGUAGGAAUGUUUUUUUCUUCUUUGCUGUCUCACAAAAAAGAUCUUAUAUGAAAUGUCUGUGAAAACAUUCCUGCGAAGAAAAGUGCUAAAUGUCACCAUAUGGAUGGGUUCUCAUUUUUAAUAAUUGAUAAAAGUUCGAUGUUAGUGCUGCUGUCACUGUGUUCUCACAUACAGCAUUCUGUAUACAGAAACGGUUCUAAUAGUUUUGUACAAGUGGCGACUCUCACUGUUUUACCAUUCAUUACUGUACUAUGUGUUCAUUAGGUAUAUCAAAAUGUUAAUCUCUCAUUUUAUAUUGUUGUUUUAAACAUAUUUUUAGAAAAAAAUAUUUUCAAGUGAUUUUUAAAACAUUUAUGAAAAUCAUAUUUAUGGGAUGUAUAGUGCAAAAGUUUUAAGAUUUUUAUUUCUUACGCUUCAACUGCAUGUAGUAAAAAGAGUUAAACAUUUAAAAUUUGACAGAUUUCAAAAUUGUUGAAAACAUCAGUCACCUGUAAUUGUUUUAUUGAAGAAGAUUUUAUCUCUUUUCUUGUUACUUAGAUUUUUAAAGGCAGCACAGUUCAAAAUCUUUUUUAACAAACGAACAAACUUUUAUCAUUAAUAUUUUUAGAUUGAACAUGCAUGUAUACUUGGAUUUCACAUUAGACAAGUUGUUUCGUUCAUAUGCACAAUGUACUCCAUCAACGAGAGAUUUCGGUUGGGUUGGGAUUUCUCCCCGAUGUGACUGGUAUGGUCUAGUUUACUGUGCUACUUGAACAGAAUAAGUUCUAUCUCAUCUGUUGGAAAAGAUAUAUUUACAAUGUUUUAAAAUGAUAUGUAUGGUUUUAUUUGACAACUUCAAAAUCACACGAAAUAAAGUUUUUUAUGGCAGUCAUAUAUGUGACUUACCAGGGAUAUGUAAUUUAGUCGAUUGUGAAAACUUGUAGAAUAACAACCAUAUUGUGAUCAUGAGAAAUAAAAUUUUAUGAUUACUAAUGUACCAUUUUUAAUUAUAUUUUAGGGGUGUUCCAAAGAUAUCUGUGUUGGAUGAGUGGGAGGUAGUUUUUUCAGAGACCCCACCACUCAUCAUAUAUUUAAACAAAUUUAGUAUAAGAAAUGCUAAAAAAAUAGGAUUUUACCGCCAUGGCCACCAACCGUCAACCAUGCCUCCCACUCCUCCCACAUAGAUACAGGUAACUCUGGAAAAAAAUUUCCCAGUGAAUUAAUUUUUAAUUUGCUCUAGAAAAUUCAUGUAUCCUCAUUUUCUAUUUUUUAAAAAAAAAUAAUGUGAGUUAGGAAACCUUCAGAAUUUUGGUACUAUAUUGAUGUUGUAAUGCACCUUUUUGUCGAAGUGCUAGUGAACAUGUGAAAGGCCAAUAUUGUUUAUAGUAUGACUGAAAUUCUCUUCAGCUUGAUAGAAAAUGAAAAAAGCUCUGCUUAAUUCUUCAUCUGUUUUGUAGCUCUUGUUCUGCUUAUGAAUUACUGUGAAUUAUUUAAUUCUCACAAUUUCUCAUUUUGGUGAAGAUUUACGAGAUAUCUAGACAUUUAAUUUUGUGAUCUAGCUUCUUUGAGAAAGAGCAUAGAAGUGUAAACUUAAUGAUUUUCAGUAAUUGUUUAUCUGUUUUGUCUUGUUCUGCUUUUCUUUGUUGUUUUUGGUUUCACUCAGGGAUGAUAUGAAUCAUGAUAAUUUUGUAUGGUCAUCUGAGCCUUGUGGCUUUCCAUUCUGUGAUGUUUCAACUUUUUUUAUGAAUAUUUUUUUUCUUAUUUUAUUAGAAUGAAAAACAUGAAUAUGUUUAUUUGUUUUUUGUUUUUCCCUUUUGGUUUAGCAUUUUGUUACGUGCUGUAAAUCUACAGUAUGUUGAUGCCUUUUUAAGGGAACCAAAAGCAGGCAGAAUCCUGCAGUAUUAUUUGUUGAAUGCAUUAGGUAUUAAAUGCUCUUCAUUAUUUCUAUUAGAUUUUGUAGUUUACAGAAUUAAUUUCCAAAGUUGAUAUUGUUAAGUGUUAAUUCUCACCAUAGCAGGUAACCUUCAGGAAAACAUACUCCAACUGAUGUCAAAUGUCCCAGAUUGUCUCUAAGUAAGCGUAAUCUGUAUGUAAUACAAGGUAUAUUCUCAAUACAAAAUUUUAAAAGAUUUAAAAAAAAUCUUUAAUUUUAAUUUAAAUCUAUCUAGAACAUGUCUUAUCUGUUUCAAUCGAAAGUGUUCAAGAGAGAUUUUUCUGAAUAUUUUAUUUUUAGUUCCUUUGUUUCUUGUUCCAGCAUUGUAUUAAUGAUUAAUCAUUAUUUUAAUGGAAAGUGAAUGAAAGAUUGUUAUUGUAUAAUAGACAGAUUUAAGAGAAAUGGACAGAUAAUUGUUGACAUCCUAUUUAUGUCCAGAACAACUUGUUAUUUUAACCAUAAUUUGGCCAGUAUCAUCUUGCAUUUCAAGGUCAAAGUUCAUGAUUUCAAUGUUAUCAUCCUGCAUUUGUAUCAUGAGAAGGGCAGGUAACUCCUCGGCCCUAAGGCAGCAAUUAUAUACCUUCAGAUCAUUUGUAUUUUUGUACGGUCAAUCUUUUUCAGGUUAUAUAUUCCUGAAAACACUGUUACAUCAUCUUAUACUUAUUUAACAUGUUAAAUGUUAUAACAAAUAAUUUAUAAUUUAAGGUAAUUUGCAAUGUGGUUUAUUAUAAUUAUACACCUGUAAUUUGAGUGAAUCAGACACUUGUAUUAUUAAAGUGCAUGUAUAGCUAUAUUUUAACAAUGAGCUUAUGUAAAUGCUUUAAAUUAUUUAAGGUAUACAUAGAUUAUGAUGAUAUUGUGCUUUUAUACUGUCAGAGAUGAAAGGUUCCAGGGUCAAUUGGAGAUUUUUUGUAAUGGAAUUAUCUCCCUUUAUCAAAUAGAGGAAUUUUCUUUGCUUGUGCAAAGAUGUGGUAUUCGUUGUAGUGAAAAUCCUGUGUAAAUAUAUUCACUGUAUUGUACUGUAGAGGUCUACACCGAGCGAAAUAUCCUAUUUGGAUUUCGAUUUUUAAUAUUCUAAAGAAUUUCCUUAAAGUUGUGAACAAUCGCAUAAAUAUGAAGAAUACAUAUCAAACAAAUUUCACAAUAACUUUGAGCCAUUAUAAGCGGAACUAAAUUAACCAUGGUACUGUAUGUCUUUAAGUACAAUGUUCGUGAACAAGUAACCAGGAUGGAAUAGAGCAUUGCUACACAAAGGAUUUUAUGUUCAGUCAAUGUCAGUCUGUAUAUAUAUUUAUAUGGUACAUGUACUUUUGUUUUUUUGGUGAAUGAUUUAUUUUGGAUCCAAUUUUGAAAGAAAUGGCAUAUACAUAGAUUAAAUUGAUUAUCCAGUCCUUGUUCUUCCUACAGGUAUAUCAAUAUAUUUGUCAAAUAUUGGUCUCCUCUAUUAUAAAAUGCACAUUAAAAAGGAAAAGCAGAAAUACUGAUGGUGUACCUUUGGUAGAGGGGUGGCUAUAUUCCCAUGUUGUAUCCUAGUGUUAUUUAGAUAUAUAGAAGGAAUGUUAGGCCACUAGUAAAUUGAUGUGAUUUAUAUACAACACUUAUCAUAAUUUGUUUCAUAGAAAAAUAAAUGUGGACUGUCUUAUUUUGUUUUAUUAUGACAAAAUGCAUAGCCAUAUAGAUUCUGUUCUUCGUAUAUUGGAGGCUAAUUGUGGAAUUUUACCAAAUGCGAUUAUUUGGUAUAGGUAUAUACAUAUAUUACUGUACGUAUUUGAUCAAUGAUUACAUUGCGUAAAUAUAUUAAAAUCUAUUCUUAAUCUGA